ACACUCAUUUCUUUCUUCCUUUGUGAAACUGAUCUUCCUGCACAAACUGAUCUGAAUGUAUUGAGCUGUUUUAGGGUUUUUAUUAUAGAGAUCGAUCGUUUUCAGUGACACAUGUGGGUCAGAGACUGUGUUUCUUUAUUUGUCACCUUUGGAGAAAUCGACUUUUGCUGCUCAGAGUUCAGAGAAAUCAUGUGUCCGAUUCUCGCUGAACUACUCUGAGCUCUGGGACUGGAAACUACGCAAAACAGAAAGUUACACCAGCGACGGUCUUCUCCUCCUGUUUGGGAUGUUACUCACCUCGUCCCAAAUCUCAGUCAUGGUGUCUUCAUCUGAUGAAAACUACCAACCUGCCAUUUAAAAUGACUUCUACAAGAAAACCUGUGACAGCUGCAUCUCUGUUGAUACUUAUGAUCAAAGUCUUCAGUGGAAAUACCCUGAAAUGUAAUCCAGCAGAGUAUCAGAUAGAGGAUGAAUGCUGUCCUAUGUGUCUUCCUGGAAGUCGUGUUAAAACAGAUUGUACAGAGUUCAGAAGUACUUCCUGUUUGCCCUGCAUGGAUGGAUCCUUCAUGAAUAAACCUACUGGACUUAAACAGUGUUUUACAUGCACCAGCUGUGAUGCAGGUUCUGGUCUGAAGAUAAAGACUUCAUGCACAGCAACCUCAGAUACACUUUGUGAACCACUGGAAGGAUUCUACUGUAUAGACUUCACAGAGAACCACUGUGUGGCAGCACAGAAACACAGCAGCUGUCAACCAGGACAAUACAUCAGGGAGAAAGGAACAGCCCUCAGAGACACUGUGUGCUCUGACUGCAGUGGGGGGACAUUUUCAGAUGGGACAUUUCCAUCUUGUCAGCCACACACACAAUGUCAAUCACAAAACCUUCAGCUGAUAAGAGCAGGAACUGCUUCAACUGAUGCUGAAUGUGGACCACACAGUUCACAUGGGACAGUGAUUCUGAUCAGUGUUGGAGUUGUGCUUUUUUUAUUCAUUUGCAUAAUUUCCUUUGUGGCCUGGAAGAAGAAAACUCGUCUAAGAGGAAACAAAGGAAAUGGAAGCAGUCAGACAGAGAAAAACUCAGCUGGAGCAGAAACAUCAGAGAUGAUUGUAGAGAGAACAGCAUCAGCAGCAGGAGACGACCUGGACAUCACAUGAUGAAACAGUCGAUAAUGUGCUGUUCACUGCAGAGUUAAUGUUCUGUAGAAUCCAGUUAGAAUCCAGUUGGGUGCUGGAUCAUUGUCUUUGCAGGGAACAGAAAUAAAACAGCUGCUGUGAGACAAAGUGAAGUCGUCCUCUACAGAGCUGCUGCUCUACAGUCCAGUGGACCUUCACUGAUCUUCUCUGGUGGACAGAGACAGCUCUCAACCUGGACUUUAUCUGUCAGAAAUAAGGACAAACCGCUGGAGCUGAGGACAGUGUGCCCUUUACUCCAGCAUGAUGGGACGAAUGGUUUCCAUCAGCAGAGCAGUUGGGAAUAUUUUCUUCAUCUCUUAUUGUGUUUUGAAGCCUUUUUAGAAAACAUGUCUUCAGUGUAUUUACUUCCACUUGAGUUCAAAUAGUGUUUGACUGUUUGUGAGCUGUGAUAUGAAAUGUCAGCAGGCUCACUGACAGUAACAGAGUUGGAUGAAAGCUGUAGCUGCCUGUUGAUGUGAGUAAGGGUGUGUAAAUAGUUUUGUAUAUAAAAGAUUUUUGUCUUUACACAGAGUAAAGACAAACUGUGGGUGCAGAACCUCCACAGUGGAACAUAAGUGUUGAGAAACAGCGUCAAAUGAAACUAUAAAGUCAUCCCACAGUU